AGUUGGGCCGGCCCGAUAAACCCUAAACUCACUAUUCUCUCUAGGGUUUUAUAAAAGCUCAGAAACGCCACAAAUCAGAAGGCCUUAGCACAAGAGAGGAGGCACAGCUCUGCCGGAAAAAUCGCCGCCGCCGUCACAUCCACAGGUAAGAGAUGAAGCAUAACAAUGUUAUUCCCAAUGGUCACUUUAAGAAGCACUGGCAGAACUAUAUCAAGACCUGGUUCAACCAGCCUGCUCGCAAGACCAGGAGAAGGAAUGCUAGGCAAAAGAAGGCAGUAAAGACCUUCCCUCGUCCCACAGCUGGGCCUCUUCGUCCCAUUGUUCAUGGACAGACACUGAAGUAUAACAUGAAAGUUAGGGCUGGCAGGGGAUUUUCUCUUGAGGAGCUUAAGGCUGCAGCUAUCCCAAAGAAACUUGCCCCUACCAUUGGCAUUGCAGUUGACCAUCGCCGUCGCAAUCGUUCUCUGGAAGGCCUCCAGACAAAUGUGCAAAGGCUAAAGACCUACAAAGCUAAGCUUGUUGUCUUCCCAAGGCGUGCUCGCAAGGUUAAGGGUGGUGAUUCUGCUCCUGAGGAGCUGGCAAAUGCCACUCAAGUAAUAGGGGACUACAUGCCAAUUGUUCGUGAGAAGCCAACUGUGGAGCUGGUUAAGGUAACAGAUGAGAUGAAGGCAUUCAAAGCCUAUUCCAAGCUUAGGGCAGAGAGAACAAAUGAGCGCCAUCUUGGUGCUAGGUUGAAGAGAGCUGCUGAGGCCGAGAAGGAAGAAAAGAAGUAGAGUGCUCUGCCAUUCUGGUCACUUGGCUUUGCCACCCACAUUUUGAAUUUGAAUUUUCUCUUAGGACAUCAUUUUAUAUCAUUGUCAGUAAUGAAGUUUGUGUGGAUUUCUUCUUUAAUGAAAUUUAUGAAUUUCUUUGCCAGAA